AUGAGUUGCUGUUAUUACAAAAAAUUACAACUGGCCUUUUUUGUUACAGCUAUACAAACCACAUCAUACCUUCCAGCCCUAAAGAGAUUCCCCACAACCCCCGAUUACAUCAACAACGACAUCCCCUACGAGCUCCCCGUGGGUAUAGCCAACUGCACCAACAUGAAGAACAUGUGGACGCCCUGCCUGUGCCACCUCGAGCAGUGCAUAGGUUGGUACCCUUGCGAGCUCAAGUACUGCAAGAGCAAAGGCUCGGCGAAGAACUCCGUAACCAGCUACCGGUGCGGGAUAAAGACUUGCAAAGUGUGUCACCUGUUCGUGUACUACAUAGCUCAGAAACAGCAAUGUCUGUGGGACGAAUGA